GGCAGCGAGUAGCCGUCGGCCCGGCAGAUCCCUCCGCGCGUAGUGAGACGGUGCUGCGCGCGCCGCCAUUUUAGGUGUCCGCAGCCGGCGGGGCAGCGAAACUUCAUCAUGUUGGGCUCUGGAUUCAAGGCUGAGCGCCUGCGUGUCAACCUACGCCUUGUCAUCAAUCGCCUCAAACUGCUGGAAAAAAAGAAGACUGAAUUGGCCCAGAAGGCAAGGAAGGAGAUUGCAGAUUAUCUGGCAGCUGGAAAAGAUGAGCGUGCUAGGAUUCGUGUGGAGCACAUCAUCCGUGAAGAUUACCUUGUGGAGGCCAUGGAGAUCCUGGAGCUGUACUGCGAUCUACUGCUAGCCCGCUUUGGCUUGAUUCAGUCCAUGAAGGAGCUGGACUCUGGCCUGGCAGAAGCAGUGUCUACACUGAUUUGGGCUGCACCACGACUCCAGUCUGAAGUGGCCGAGUUGAAGAUUGUUGCUGACCAGCUAUGCGCCAAAUACAGCAAGGAGUACGGGAAGCUGUGCCGCACAAACCAGAUUGGAACAGUUAAUGACAGGCUGAUGCACAAGCUGAGUGUGGAGGCACCUCCCAAGAUUCUGGUGGAGAGAUACCUCAUUGAAAUUGCCAAGAACUACAAUGUUCCCUAUGAACCUGACUCGGUGGUGAUGGCUGAAGCCCCUGCAGGCAUUGAGGCAGAUCUGAUUGAUGUGGGGUUCACAGAUGAUGUGAAGAAAGGUGGCCAUGGAGGGGGAGGAGGUGGUGGAUUUACAGCCCCGCUGGUUGGUCUUGAUGGUUUACUGCCUGUGCCGAUGCCUAUGCCCAUGCCGUCAACAAAUCCUCCUUUCUCCUAUCCACCUCCAAAGGGACUGGAGAACUUCAACGGCCUGCCAGUGGGAACCUACCAGCCUUUUACUAACAUUCAUCCACCACCAAUUCCAGCAAACCCACCAACAUAUGAAUCUAUUGAUGAGCCUAAUGCUGACAAGGAUGCUGCUUCUGCAUCGGUGGCAGGGCCUGGACCUAAGCCUGAAGCUUCUCCAAAACCAAGAGUUGGACCUCCUAAUACCAUUGAUAAUUUUGUGUUGCCUGAAUUACCUUCUGUGCCAGAUACACUACCAACAGCAUCUGCUGGUGCCAAUUCUUCUGCCUCUGAAGACAUUGACUUUGAUGAUCUUUCUCGGAGAUUUGAGGAGCUAAAGAAGAAAACAUAAGACUGAUUGGGCUAUAACUCCAAUGAAAAGGGCAGGAGCUGUGACUUCUCUCUGAAACACUCUCCCUUCAAAUGGUUUCCUGUAUUAACCUCAAAUGAACACUUCUUUUUGAGCUCUCUUCCUGCUGUACUUAAACCAAAUGCUGAUGCUUUCCCAGUCCUUUUGCUCCAGGAGUUGAACUGUGGAGACUCUUAAGAGAUGAAAGCAGAGAACAGCUCCAACCAGUCUAGGUAGCUAUAGAGAAAGGCCUUGCUUGAUUGACAUUCCUGGCUGUUUCUGUGGCAGCUCUGUGCUCUCCUCCACAGAGAAGGGUGAUAAAGGUUGAAAGGGCUUUCUCUCAUGUUUCGUUUCAAAGGGAGUGUUAUCUACCAGCUGCCCUGCUCUGCUUUAUGGUAUGUAUGGUCAGGGUGAUAUAUAUAUAUAUAUAUAUAUAUUUCUCUCUGUGGUAAGAUUUUUUUAACUAAUUGGGGCAGAGGCAGGAAUUACUGUUGUGAGUGGACACGGGCUUUGUGCUACCCCAGUGCCAUCCUUUGGCUCCAGCUGGACCUGGUUGCAGUUUGUGUUGGAAACCCCUCCUUCAGACUGGGUGAACACUCAGGGAGCCCACUGCGGCUGUUGCUGCGUUGUGUGCGGCGGGCUGCUCCCCUUUCACAGAGGAGCAGCACGGUACUGUUUGCUGCUCCAGCAGUGCGUUCACACAACCUGCUGGAAGUAUGUGUGGAGAGAGCAGAGGGUGGACCUGCGGGGCGCUGCAGCGUGGGCUGUAUCUGCUCCAUUGUUGCAGGGUCUCCCAAAGCUGUGGAGAGCUGGUCUUUGGGCAUCCGGCGGUGGCAGAGGAGGGUGGCAGGAAGCCUCUGGCGGGAUGCAAGCAGAGCUGUUUGUAGAGCGGUGGUUGGUUUCUGUCAGGCGGUGCUGUUCAGGGGCGGGUGCUGCUGAAUGCGGUGUACUCUCUUCUGUACGUAUCUGUACAUAACACACUACUUUUCUUUGAAGUUUUUUUGGUUGAUUUGUAUCUUAAGAUUAGUUCCUAAUAAAGAUGGGCUGUGAGCAGCUGUA